GUCUCAUGCGACGGUCAUUCGCUGUUCGAAGCCGCCUCGUUCCAUCUCUCUUGGCCCCGACCGUCCGUCACAGACCUCUUCUCCGCUCCUUUCUCUCCCACCACCAACUGGUCGACGAGAUCACGCAUCCAAAUCCCGCUCCCACAUGCCCGGAGAAUGCCGCCACCUUCCGUCCUCUCCAAGUCAUCAGGGAUCGGCUCCGAUCGGAGGCCUCCCUCGACCCAGCCACUGUCGUCAUGUCCCUCAAGCAGUGUCGCGGCCGACCAGGCCUCCAGAUCCACGCCCUUGCGCUGUCCUCCGGCCUCGACGCGUACGUCAUCGUCUCCAACUCUCUCAUUAACAUGUACUCCAAAUCUGGCUCCUUCGACCUCGCUCGCAAGAUAUUUGACAGCAUGUCUUGCCCCGAUGUCGUCUCGUGGAACACCAUUCUCUCCGGGUUUGCUUCCGGCGCGGAAGCGCUGGAGUUCGCUGCACUCAUGCGUCGAGCAGGUGUUCCCUCCGACCCUGUGACCUUCACCAUGGUGCUCGCCUUCUCCGCGGACCUUCAGGACUUGGAAUCGGGGCAGCAGUUGCACUGCCUUGUUCUAAAAUCUGGGUUCGACUCCGACAUUUUUGUCGGGAAUGCACUCAUCACCGCAUACUCAAGGGCUGCCUGCGCCGACGAAGCCAAGAGAGCGUUCGACGAAAUGGCGGUGAGGGAUUUGGUCUCGUGGAAUUCGUUGAUCUGCGGGCUUACUCAAGACGGCGACUGUGGAACCGAAGCCAUCGAGUUCUUCCUUAUGAUGGUGAGGGAGGAAGGUGUCAGGCCGGAUCGCAUCUCGUUGGCCAGCGUCAUCUCGGCGUGUGGUCACGAAGGAAGUGUAGGCUAUGGAUGCCAGGUUCAUGGCUUCGCAACGAAGUUAGGGGUGGAGGACCAUGCCUCGGUCUCUAACGUCCUCAUGUCGAUGUACUACAAACACGGGGACAUCGUUUACGCCAAGAGGGUGUUCGAGAAUAUGACGGAGAGGGAUGUCAUCGCAUGGACGACCAUGAUAUCGAUCGAGUCGGAAAACGCAAUUCCUCUCUUCAAUGGCAUGAGACAGGACGGGGUGCAACCCAACGAUGUCACUUUCGUCGCAUUAAUCUUCGCUGUGUCAGACGAGCACCUGAUGAGAGAGGGACAAAUGGUUCAUGGAGUCUGCUUCAAAACCGGGAUCGCUGCGGAGGUGAAUGUUUCCAACAGUCUUAUAACCAUGUACGCGAAGCUGAAAUCCAUGGAGGAGGCGAGGAGGGUGUUCGACGGAAUGCACUGCAGGGAGACCGUCUCUUGGAAUGCUUUGCUCUCAGGAUUUGCUCAGAAUGGGCUGCGCGAGGAAGCUCUUGAGGUGUUCUCCUCGUUGAUCGGGCACUGCCAGCCAAACCAGUACACGUUCGGGAGCGUCUUGAGCGCGAUAACCGCAGCUCAAACGGUUUCCUUGACUUACGGUCAAGGUUGCCACGGCCGCAUCAUCCGAUUGGGUCUCAACACCGACGCCUAUGUCUCUGGUGCUCUGAUCGACAUGUACGCGAAGCGCGGAAGCAUCGACGAGGCCCAGAGAGCAUUUGAUGAGACUGUCGUGAAGAGGCUUGUCGGUUGGACGGCGAUCGUAUCGGCCCACGCAAAACACGGGAACUACGAGGAGGUGAUGAGCCUGUUCGAAGGGAUGAAGCACGUGGGCGUCCGUCCCGAUCACGUCACGUUCCUCGCGGUGCUGGUUGCCUGUGGCUGCAAGGGGAUGGUCGACGAGGGCCGGAAGGUGUUCGACUCGAUGGUGCAGGAGCACGAGAUGGAGCCAUGGGCAGAGCACUACGCGUGCGUCGUGGACAUGCUGGGGAAGGCGGGCAGGUUGGACGAAGCAGAGGAGUUCCUGAGACUGGCACCAACUCCGCCAGGAGUCUCGGCGCUGCAGAGCUUGCUGGGGGCGUGCCGUGUGCAUGGGAACGUGGACAUGGGGAGCAGGGUGGCGGAGGCUCUGAUGGAGCUGGAGCCAGGGGAGUCGGGGGCCUACGUGCUGAUGUCGAACAUCUACGCCGAUAUGGGAGACUGGGAAAAUGUGGCGAAGAUGAGAAGGGGGAUGAGGCAGAGAGGGGUCAGGAAGGAAGUGGGUUUCAGCUGGGUGGAUGCCGGCAUCAGGGACGACUCCAUACACAUGCACAAAUUCUCAUCGGGCGACAGGACCCAUCCAUGGGCGGAGGAGAUACACUCCAUGGCUCGGAGUUUGGGGUCGGAGAUGAAGGCGAGGGACGAGGACUGGUCCGACAUCGAUCUCGCUCGGUUGCCGAAUCCCUGAUACAGGACAGCAGGACAAGUAACUGUUCCGGAAGUGGCCAGCGGCGGAUUUGACCAGAUCGUGUAGCCCUCGACUACUUAAAAGAUGUAUGGAGGAACAGAAAGAAGGAAGAUAGUACCUCAUUUUGUAGCGCCCUUUCCAGUAUACAUUUAGUAUUUAUUUAUACUUUU